AUGGCAGGUAGUCUGACAGGCAAAGUUGCUAUUGUUACCGGGGGCUCCAGAGGCAUCGGUGCCGGUAUAGCCAAGGAGUUGGCCAGCCGCGGAGCUUCAGUCCUCAUAACCUACAAGUCGUCUCCUGACUGCGCUGCAAAGGUUGUUUUGGAUAUUGAAGCAGCAGAAGGAAAAGCGGUAGCUUUCAAGGCUGACUGCAUGUCGGCAGAAGCUCCAGCACAAACCGUGAAAGAAACCUUGAAAUGCUUCGACUGA